GGGCUACCACCGCCAGCCGACGCCAUGGAAACUGAUAACGCGGCUACGGGUGAACGAUUCUCUCCUGAGGUUCUGGGCUUCGUGCAGCUUGCUAUAGAUCAGGCAAAGCUUGCGUUGGACAGCCUUGAAGUUCCAGUUGGCUGUGUGAUUGUUGAGGAUGGGAACGUUAUUGCGGCAGGAAGAAACCGGACCAACGAGACGCGGAAUGCAACGAGACAUGCAGAGAUGGAAGCUCUUGAUGUUCUUCUUGUACAGUGGCAGAGGAGUGGAUUUUCGGCUGCAGAAGUUGCAGAGAAGUUUUCUGUGUGCUCCUUUUAUGUGACAUGUGAACCAUGCAUAAUGUGUGCAGCGGCAUUAUCAAUCAUCGGUGUAAAGGAAGUAUACUAUGGCUGUGCAAAUGAUAAAUUUGGAGGCUGUGGCUCAAUACUGUCGUUGAAUUCAAGUAGCUCUGAGGCAUGCAUUAGCAUUGGGAAUUCUGGAUCAAAGGUUUUCAAAUGCUGUGGAGGCAUAAUGGCAUCAAAAGCCAUUUCUCUUCUGCGAGAUUUUUAUGAACGAGGAAACCCUAAUGCUCCAAAGCCUCACAGGUCAUGGGUCACUCAGGCUUAAAAGUAGAUUUAUGUGCAUUGAUUCUUCCUGUUGAAUCUUCUCAUGCCUUUGCACAACUAGGUAAGACCUUUGGACUUAUAAUUCCUUGCUUUUCUGAACAUCA